AUGCAUGUCCUCAGCUUCUAUCUCACUGCUCUCUUAGCAGUUGGAGUCUCUGCAUCUCCUACCCUGGAAAAACGCGCAAUAACUUGUCUCACGGUCGGCUCCACGGCAACAGCAACAUGGACUAACGCCGCCGGCCGGACAUGUUGCUGGACUGGCAUCGUAGGCAGCAACUUUGGCGUAAACAGCGUAAACGGUGGAGAGUACAGCUGUAAUGGCCGCUGCGGAGCAGGCUGCUCAGGCUUCGCACUUGGCAACGCAUAUACACAAGAUUGCUUUUCGCAUGAUGUGUGUUCGUGGUUUAACAAUGCUAGUGGUGGUGCGAGUGAUCCAAACUGUGGUGCUGCGUAUAAUGCGGCGGUUGAUGAUACGCUUGGUGGUGCGGCGGCGGGCUGUGGACGGACGAAUCCGUCGAAUCCUGCUGUGAGACCAAGCACGCAGCCGACGUGCUCGUAG